AUGGAGCAGUCGCGGUGCGGUGGCAGAGACCGCGGCGGCAGCGCCCGACCCCGCUUGGCCCUGGGACUGGUGGCCCCGGCCCCUCCACCCUCCUCACCGGCGUUACCAGUACCCCCGGGGAUACCGGUUCCUCCAACUUUCCUGCGGCCUCCCAACCUCUUUCUACGGGUAGCCGCGGCUGCCACCACCCCCACCGCGGGAAGCGGAGGCUGCCCGCCGUCUCCCGCGCUGGAGAGAGGGGUGGGCACGGUAGGCUGCGCUUACCCGCGCACUCCCAAGUGCGCCCGUUGCCGCAACCACGGCGUGGUGUCGGCGCUCAAGGGCCACAAGCGCUUCUGCCACUGGCGCGACUGUGCUUGUGCCAAGUGCACUCUGAUCGCGGAGCGCCAGCGCGUCAUGGCCGCCCAGGUGGCGCUGCGCAGGCAGCAGGCCCAGGAGGAGAACGAGGCCCGGGGGCUGCAAAGGUUCUUGUAUCCCGGACCCUCGGGGCCCGGGGUUCGGACCUCUGGAGGCAGCAGCAGAACCGAGAAUUCCCAGGCGGCCAGCGACCCUGCGGGGGUGACUGCGCUGGGACCUGAUGCCCGGAGACACGCUAGUAGUCUGGCGACCCCUGCUUUCGAGGUUUUCCAGCUAGAUAAUACGGAGGAAAAGCAAGAACAAAAAGAAAGUAGAUGUGACUCGUGCCAGAGUGGACAAAAUGAACCAGUCUUCAAAUCUCAUCAGCUAACCCUGGAGUCACCUCCAGAGUCUAUUGGUGUAGUUGGAAAACAAAAUGUUAUGUCAUCUGUUUCAGAAAACUUAGACAAGGAUAAUAGCAUUCUGUAUCCUCACCGUGGGGAGCAAUCAGGAGGUGAAGAGAGUCCCAGGUCUCUGUCAUCCUCUGACCUGGAAUCAGGAAAUGAAAGUGAGUGGGCCAAAAACCUCACUGCUGCCAGAUCCAGACUUCCCACAGUGUCCACAAGACCAAGAGAUCCUCUUGAUAUCCUUACCAAGAUUUUCCCAAGUUACAGGCCCAGCCGGCUAGAAGGCAUUCUACAGUUCUGCAAAGGGGAUGUGGUUCAAGCUAUUGAACAGGUCCUAAAUGGGAAGGAACACCAACCAGACACCAGGAACCUAGCAAGCUCAGCAGAAUUGGGAAAUACAGCUUUCCAGAGGGCUUCAAAUUUUAGUUUAGCUGGAAUAGGUUUUGGAACUCUAGGAAAUAAAUCAGCUUUUGCUCCUCUUCAAACCACUUCUGCCUCUUAUGGAGGCGAUUCAAGCCUCUACAGCUUAAGUCCUAGACUAGGUAUCAGUCCAUUGCGGCUGGCAUAUUCCUCUCCAGGAAGAGGGCUAUCUGGUUUCAUGUCUCCCUACCUAACUCCUGGGUUGGUACCAGCAUUGCCUUUUCACACAACUUUGGAUUAUGCCUUUUCGGGGAUGAUUAGGGAUUCUUCCUACCUUCCUAGUAAAGACCCUGUAACUGGUAGCAGACUGUAUUCCAGGCUGAAUCAAGACAAUCUGUAGUGCAUUUGCCUAUUCUCCCUUUCCGGAGUCAAUCUAGAAGGAGGCAUGCAACACAAACCCCACACCCACGCCUCCAUCUAUUACCAGGCUCACUAUGUGUGUGAGCGGAUUGCCCAGCCUUAAGGAUGCUGUUUUUUUUUGAACAAGCAAUCUAAUAAACUUGAGAUCUAAAGAUUUCUUUAGCAUUUAUUAAGUGAAA